UUCCAUGAGAUUAGCCAUGUUUAAUGAACAUGUGGAGUUAAAAUUAUUCACACUUGCAGAGACACGUUUUGCCUCUAGUAUUAUAAUGCUUCAAAGAUUUAAAGAUGUGAAGCAAGGACUCCGUAACUUGGUAAUUUGCAAUCAAUGGUCAUCAUAUAAAGAUGAUGAUCCUAAUCAAGCAUUGUUUAUAAAAGAGAAGUUGUUGGAUGAUGAUUGGUGGAACACUUUGCAGUAUGUUAUUGAUUUUACAAAACCUAUCAUAGAAAUGCUUAGAUUAUGCGACACAGACGAGCCUUGUCUUCACUUGGUUUAUGAAAGGUGGGAUCGAAUGAUAGAUGAGGUAAAGAGCAUUAUACAUCGCCACGAGGGCUUACAAGAAUAUGAUAUUUCACCAUUUCAUAUGGUGGUGGACGGGAUUUUAACAGAUCGUUGGAGUAAAAGUAGCACACCGCUUCACUCUUUGGCACAUUCAUUGAACCCAAGGUAUUAUAGUCGUCAGUGGCUUGAUGAACGUCCAGGGCGUGUUCCACCACAUAGAGAUCUUUUGAUUGCAGGUCAAAGAUUGAAGUGUUUCGAGAGGUAUUACGAUGCGGAUGAGUUAAGAGAAGUUAACAUUGAGUAUGCUAAGUUUUCAUCUUGCCGUGAAGAAUUUGCAAAUGCAAAUACCAUAAAUGAUAGAUGGAGUAUGAAUCCUUAUGUGUGGUGGGUUACUUAUGGGGUGUAUGCUCCUUUACUUCAGCAAAAAGCACUCAUGUUGCUUGGCCAACCUUGUUCAUCUUCUUGUAGUGAGAGAAACUGGAGUACGUAUAGUUUCAUAAAUUCUGUGAAGAGAAAUAAAAUUACUCCACAAAGAGGUGAAGAUUUGGUAUUUGUUCAUACUAAUCUUCGUCUCUUAUCAAGACGAAGCCCAGAAUACUUGCUAGGGGAUACAAGAAUGUGGGACAUUGGAGGUGAUUCUUUUGAUACUAUGGAGGGUACUGUUGGUGUACUUGAAGUUGCUGAUCUUUCUCUUAAUGAGCCAGAGAUGGAACGCAUGAUAUUGGAUGAUAAUGAAGCUAAUGUGGAGGAGCUAUACCCCCUGGUUUGACUGUUGACGUUAUUUUUUGGUGACCAGCUGGAUCCUGGAUGUAGCGGCAUUCACAUCAUACUUGGAGGAUCCUUGUUUUUUGGGCUAGUAUUUGGUUCAUGAAGUUGCGCUGUUGCGGGAAGGACUUCACUCCCCUUUGCGAAGCCUUCUAAUUUUUUGUUGAUAUGUAUAUAUAUAGACUAGUAAAUGUCGCGGAAAGGACUUUACUCCCUUUUGCAAAGCCUUCUAAUUUUUUGUUGAUAUGUAUAUAUAGACUAGUAAAUGUCUAUAUAACCUUUUGUUGAUAAUGGAUAUCUAUGUUCUCCUGGAA